UGUUGGGGGGGAGUGGGCGUCAGCCAGGAGCUCUUACCUGAGGCUGCUGCACCUGUGGGCAGGUGAGGCCUCCCUCCUCCGCUCCCUGCUUCCCUCCCUCCUGGCCCAGCAAGGAAAAGCUCCUCCUGCUCUGGAAGAAGGAAGCCAGCCAGAUCCUGGGACUGUCACCAGGCUCCUCGUCGUCGUGUGAAAGGCGCCCCAGGGACCCGCUUCUCGGCGGGGUGGGGGGCUUGCUUCUGGCCUGACGGAGGUCCCUCCUGCGGAAAAGCCACCAGGUGCCUUGAGAAGAUCCGUGGCCGGACUUGCCGGGUCGCCUUCCCCGAGAGCUUAGCAGGAUUUAAACCCCCCCAAAAAAAACAGACACGCAGAAUCUUUCGACCUGACGACGCUUUUUAUUUCUUGCUUUAUUUUCAGCAUUUGACACACAGCCUGGCCUGGGGGAGACUCUUCUGGACAGCUGGGUAGAAGGGAAGGAAGUGGCCCAGGAUAGUCUGAGAAGGGAUAAAAGGGAUUUCAGGGAGUGAUUUUGUGGAGCAGAGAGAGAGAAAAAAAAACCAGACAGACAGAGAGAAAUAUCGCUUUGAAAGUUGCGCAGAAGCCAAAGUUUAAAUGGAUUAAAUGGUUUGGCGGCCUUCGGUUGGCGGAGUGAAAUACAGGGGACGCCAAGCUGGGAAGGUCUGAUCCAGGUGGUCGCAAGGCUGCUGUUUCUUGCCCCUGAAAAGAGCGCAGGAGUCUGAUGAGAGCGGGUUGCUGGUCUCCAGACAUUUUCCUUUCCUUUGGUUCUGAGGAAGUUUUCUUUUUGAUAGGACAAAAGGGGGCAACUUGUGCAACAGGACCCCCAUUUCCUUAAUCUUUUAUCUGGCUGACGUGUUCCUCUUCCACGUUUUCUACAUGCUGCGUGGUGGUGUUGCUCUGAAUUCACCUGCAUGUGCCUCUUUGCAGAGAGAUUUCCUGGGUUCCGUUAAAAGUAAAUGCUUGCUAGGCUUUUAGCAGUCAGAUUGGGACUCCUGCGGUGUGAAGACUGAAAAUCUAGCUUGGCAAAUAAUGUGUGUGUGUGUUUAGAAUCUGUUACAGUUCUAUUAUACCAGGCAUAAUCUGGUCUCCUCUAGUUCUGAAUCCGCUAAACUGUUCUAAACCUGCUGGCAGUUUUGGGGAUGUGCUUGGAUUACUACUUCAUUGGUUGGGUUGCUUCAGCAGCCUAGUACAUAAUUUGCGAAAGAAAGCAGCCAAGCCCAGAGAAUAUUUUUACUAAUUUCCCAGUUAUGUUGCAUGUUGAAAACGGAUGCUUUUAAGCGUUUAGGAUUUGUAUGACACCCCCACUUAGAGGUAAGACGAGCCUUUCAGCGCCUGUUCUGCAGAUAUAGAAAAGGUUUUGGGAGGCUGUUGGAUCUGGGGCAGAAUUUCGAGCUGUGUUCAGCGGCUAGGGGAAAAACUCCUUAAAGCCUUUCCAACCUUUACUUCUGCAGCUUUUGGAAACAACCUGGCUCUACUUCUGGGCUAGUGGACACUUCCUGUACUCUUUUGGAAUAUAAGAAUCCAAGGACAGAAAGAAACAGGACUCGGAGUAUCCCUGGGAAUCUGGACUUCUUUUUCUGUUGGGAACUGAUGCCGAGGAACUCCUGACACACGAGAAACACUGAAGGGUCUACUUUGCAAGACACAACAUGGAUGUAUGGUCCAGAAUAGCCAUAUGGAUCCUUUGCGGCUUCCUUCUGCACCAUGGACAGGGGGAGAGGCCCCCGGGCACCUACCUAGACGAUGCCACAAUAGCAGAAUUCUGCCGCAUCGACCAGGCCUUGUGCCACAACGAAGACGAGCAGCUCAGCUUCGAGGCUGUCCUCAACAUCCACAAGCAGAUGGACGACGAUGCCAAUGGCGAUGUCGACGUGGAGGAGAGCGAUGAGUUCCUGAGGGAAGACUUGAAUUACCACGACCCAACGGUCAAACACAGCACCUUUCACGGGGAGGAUAAGCACAUCAGCGUGGAAGAUCUUUGGAAGGCUUGGAAGUCGUCCGAAGUGUACAACUGGACCGUCGAUGAGGUGGUGCAGUGGCUCAUCACCUACGUGGAGCUGCCACAGUACGAAGAGACCUUCAGGAAGCUGCAGCUCUCUGGGCAUGCCAUGCCAAGGUUGGCAAUCACCAACGCCACCAUGACAGGAACUGUCCUGAAGAUGACUGACAGGAGCCACAGGCAGAAGCUGCAGCUCAAGGCCCUGGACACGGUGCUCUUUGGGCCGCCUCUCUUGACCCGUCAUAACCACUUGAAGGACUUCAUGCUGGUGGUGUCCAUUGUGAUUGGGGUGGGCGGCUGCUGGUUUGCUUACAUCCAGAACCGCUACUCGAAAGAGCACAUGAAGAAGAUGAUGAAGGACCUUGAAGGUCUCCACAGAGCUGAGCAGAGUCUGCAUGAUCUCCAGGAAAGGCUCCAGAAGGCCCAGGAGGAGCACCGCACGGUGGAGGUGGAGAAGGUCUCCUUGGAGAAGCGGCUGCAGGACGAGAUCAGCAUCGCCAAGCAGGAGGCCCACCGGCUCCGGGAGCUGCGGGAGGGGACAGAGAACGAGCUCAGCAGGCAGAAGUAUGCAGAGCAGGAGCUGGAGCAGGUACGCCCUGGCCGGGAGCAGCCCCCAUGCCGGGUGCGCAUGGCGCUCAAGAACGCGGAGAAGGAGCUGGAGUCGCACAGCAGCUGGGCCGUCCCAGAGGCCUUGCAGAAGUGGCUUCAGCUGACCCACGAGGUGGAGGUGCAGUACUACAACAUCAAGAAGCAGAACGCCGAGAAGCAGCUGCUCCUGGCCAAGGAAGGGGCCGAAAAGAUAAAGAAGAAGCGCAACACUCUCUUUGGGACAUUCCACGUUGCCCACAGCUCGUCCCUGGACGACGUGGAUCAUAAAAUCCUGACGGCCAAGCAAGCCCUGAGCGAGGUGACGGCGGCCCUGCGGGAGCGGCUCCACCGCUGGCAGCAGAUAGAGAUGCUCUGCGGCUUCCAGAUCGUGGUCAACCCGGGCAUCCACACCCUGGUGUCCGUCCUCAACAUCGACCCCUCGUGGAUGGGAAGCUGCACGCGGCCAAACACCUCGCACUUCAUCAUGACCGACGACGUGGACGACCUGGAUGAGGAAAUCGUUUCCCCCAUGUCUAUGCAGUACGCAGCCUUGCUCUUGGGGCACAGGUUCAGCGACCGCUCAUCCCUCUCCUCGGAGGACCAGUCCUGGAAAUACCCCGCGCCCUCCAUGUCCAGCGGCGUCCGCCAGCGCCUCGUCGACCCGCAGCACUCCUUGGGAUCGCAGAGAGAUUUAUCGCACUCUGACUCGGAUUCCUCCAUCCCUCACCUGAGCAACAGCCAGCGCACGUCCAGCUCGGCCCCCCGGCUGCCUGCCCGGCCAGCGCUGCUCAACAAGUCGGAGGAGGCGGCAGUGGCGGCCGCCUGCGGCUACAGCAACCGGCCGGCGGAGGCUUCCUCUCUGCCGGAGCCCUUCCCCGAGAGCCCCAUCCUCAUGAAGAAGGCCGUGAUGCUGAACCACGGCCUGGAGAAGUCGUCCAGCCUGGGGGAGAUCAGCCACGCGGCCGGGGCAGGGCCCCCCUCCCGCCAGGCCCACUCCGACUCCUCCCGCUCCCACAGCCCCAGCUCCACCGAGCCCGACACGCCCUCCCCCACCUCCGACCCCCGGCUCAACAGCCAGGGCAAGGCAGGCAACAGCCGCAUCCCCCACCUGGCCUCCAAGAAGAACGCGGCCGGCGGGGAGGAAGACAGCGGCUCCACAGGGGAAGAGACCGACUCCUCGGGGCAGGGCAAGAAGAAGUUCCCCCUGAAGAUCUUCAAGAAGCCCAAGAAAUAAGUCCAGGCCGGGGGGGUUAGCAAGGAGGGAACCCCCCAGCCAAACACCCACACUGGGACGGAGCAGGAGGCGAGGGGAGGGGGAGCACCUUGAGGAGGAGGGGGGCAAGAGCACCCACCCACCCACCUCUCCUCCUCCUCCUCCUCCCCCAGGAUCCCUCUGCUCUCCGGGUGGAGGAGCUGCUGGUGAAACGCCCCUAUUUAUUUUGUGACGUCGGCCUGGCUGCCUUCCUCGCGCCAGAGGUGGUGGUGGGGGUCCCUUGCUUUUGGCUGCGCAUGGCUUCAGACGAGCUCUCCCUCCUAGCCCUCUCGCCACCGCCACACCGUGCAACACUGGAUCCGUUCAUCCCGCCCCCCUUUGUUCGCUGCUUCCCCUGCGCACCACAGCAGCCCCAAGGAGGCUCAGUGGCCCACCUCAUAAGGAGGGAGAGGGUUUUGCAAGGGGGUUGUCGCUGGGGAGCUUGGGGUGGUGCUCGCCUUACUUGUCCCACCCCCCAUAUGUGGGUUUACUUUAGGGACUAGCCCCUUUGC